AGCAAAACCGUGAGGGCUGCGGCCAGAGCGGACAAUAUCCACAUGCGGGUUGCUGGGCUGUUACAUAAUUCAUUUUGACAUUUCCUUCUAUUUUGUCCAUAACUUAUCAAGGUGACAUUUUUCUUCCUUCAUUCUAGGGUUAAGCGUUGAGAUCAGAGUGGACUUUCCAUUUGCAACGUUAAGCCUGCUUCUGGUGUUAAAACGCUGAGGUCAAAAUCAUCAGUUUUGCUAUUUUAUCAAUAAAAAUAUAAGAAAUUCAAUUAAAACUUAAAAGACAACAUUUAUAAAAAAAAACAAAAAUUAUGUGCAAAGCAAUAUCUAUAUAAAUUCUUGUCUACUUUUUCAUAAUUGCAACAUUUAUUUGACUUGUUUUUUAAAUGUGUACAGUCUCAGUGUUGGCAUUACUAUAUAUUAAACUAGCACCUACCAAAAUUAUAUAUAUACGAUUUAUAAAAACCGUAAGAGUACCUGUCUUUUAGUAUAUGCCGGUGCAAGUUUUGCAAUAUUUGUAUCUAAAAUCCUUGGAUUUAUUGAUUUUUCCAAAUGUACUCAUAUUUAGGGUUUUCCAAAUGUACUCAUAUUGAUUAAAUUAUAUUUGUGAUGUAUAUUCACGGGGACUAGACAUAUACAUCACAAUUCCAAUUUCCUCCUUCAUUCUUCUUAUCAUUUUGUUAUAUAAAAUUUUAUAUAGGUAUUACUACCAUAGACAAUCUCAUCCUAGCUUCUGCUCUAUCAUGGUUCCUACAUCUUACAUUUUGUUUGAAGAGCUUAUAGCUGGCGUUUGUGUGCCUGUAUAUCUUGUUUUACUGAAAAGAUACACAAGCACUGCACUUGCCUGAAGAUUGAAAAUAGGGAGGAUUUUUGCAAUUACACAAAGAAGAAAAAUGAAUUAGGAAUUUGGUCAAUGAAAAGAUUGGGGAAAAGGUAAUCAAAAUGAAAAUAGGGAGGCCAGAGGACUCCAAUUAACUUGGCUGAAGUUGAAAGGACUUCAAGGGUAACUUUUUUUUAGAGCCAGAGCUUGAAAUGAAGUGGGAUAAAAAUUAUGGUUGAAUCUCACAGUACCAAAGUGUGUGAAUAAAAUGUGAUUGAAAAACCGUGGGUGCGCAAGAAUAGCGGAAUUGUUAAUUUAUGGGAAUGAGAAUUAGGAAGUGAACUCAAAUCAAAGAGUAAUCUAGUAUAUUUGGUUUUAUUUACUCUUAUACUAUAAAUUAUAAUAUAAUUAGACAUUUUAAUAGUCUCUCUUUUCUACUUUAGAAAUGUAUUUUACACAUUAUCUCCAUAACUACGGAAAAAAUGUCUCUUAACCAUAUCAAAUUGUUUAUUUCCUCCUACCCAUGCACCCCAGGUCUUAAAUAUGGUUUAUGCUACACAAAUUUUUGCUUCCUGAGGAUGGACAUUGAUUAACGGAAUUUCAAUUAUUAAAAAAUAGGAUGGAAAUUUACAUGUUCAUCUUGCAUACAAUUUCAAUGGUGCUGUUAAUCUGCUGCUGAAACGCAUUCAUGCACAAAGUACCUAUUCUGUUUGCAUUCUCCGUGAAAUAUCCUUAGCAUCAUUUACCAUGCCAAGCAGCCAGUGUUCCUCCAACGGAGGGUGCUAAGAGAGAACACUCAUAAUUCUUACGUAUUUAUAUCCGAUCAAGCUAUUUUUCUAUUUACUUUUUUCACUUCGCAAUUCAGUCUUAGCAUACAUUUCCACCACUUGUUUCUUCAACCAACAUACUCAGCUUAUCGUAACAUAAUUCUUCUCCCAUGUCAAAAGAAAGUGAGGAGUUUUCCACUGAGAUUGUGCAAAGAGGUGUUGAAAACUCUGGCCCAAAUGCUGGCUCUCUUUCUUUCUCAGUUAGAGUGCGUCCUAGGCUGCCAGAUUUCCUAAGUUCAGUUAAUCUAAAAUACGUGAAAUUGGGGUAUGGCUACCUCAUUAGCCAUCGCUUGUACUUAUUGCUGGCACCACCUCUCCUUGCAGCCUUGAUUGCUCGUAUUGGAAAGUUCACUUGGCAAGACCUUUAUCAGAAGUAUGGCCUCAUUGAGGUUCUGUUCAUAUCAGCACUUUUGUGCCUAAUGCUAUAUUUUUAUAUUGACUUCACACCCGGCUCCACCUAUUUGCUUGACUUCGCAUGUUUUCGCCCUUCAAAUGAAUACAAGAUCUCUAAGGCUGAGUUCAUUGAGUUAGCAAGAAAAUCUGGGAAUUUCAAUGAUAUUGCCAUUAAGUUUCAAGAACGAGUUCUUAAGAAAUCUGGCAUAGGAGAUGAGACCUACCUGCCAAAAGGAGUUUUUGGCCCUGGUUACAGAAACUCACUGAAAGAUGGGAGACAAGAGGUAUCCAUGGUGAUGUUUGGGGCAAUUAAGGACCUUCUUGCUGCCACGAAAGUGAAAGCAAAGAAUAUUAGAAUCCUGAUAGUAAACUGUGGAAUACUAAACACCACCCCAUCGCUCUCAUCAAUGAUAGUAAACCAUUUCAAGCUUAGGCAUGAUAUCCACAGCUUCAACCUUGGUGGGAUGGGUUGUGCUGCUGGAAUCACGGCCAUUGAUCUUGCUAAAGACCUUCUGGAUGCCUAUCCUAGAGCUUAUGCUCUUGUAGUUAGCACAGAAGCUGUGAGCCAUACAUGGUACAGUGGCAAUGACAUUGACAUGCUGCUUCCCAAUUGCUUCUUCAGAAUGGGGGCUGCAGCCAUCAUGCUCUCAAAUUUCCACCUAGAUAGAUGGCGCGCCAAGUAUGAACUCAAACAGUUGGUCCGAACUCACAAAGGAAAGGACAACAGAAGCUACAAAAGCAUACAUCAAAGGGAAGAUAGUGAAGGGAGGAAGGGCCUUUCAGUGAGCAAAGAUGUGAUAGAGGUUGGAGGCCAUGCACUGAAGGCUAACAUCACCACACUAGGUCCACUAGUGCUACCCGUUUCAGAGCAGCUUCACUUCUUCACCAACUUGAUCUUCAAGAAAAAGAAAACAAAGCCAUACAUUCCGGAUUACAAGCUGGCAUUCGAGCACAUGUGCAUUCUAGCAACGAGCAAGAAGGUGCUUGAUGAGAUUCAGAAGAACUUGGAGCUCACAGAGGAGUACAUGGAAGCAUCAAGGAAGACAUUGGAGCGAUUUGGCAACACAUCAAGCAGCAGCAUUUGGUAUGAACUUGCUUACCUUGAGUUGAACUCAAGGGUCAAAAGGGGUGAUCGGGUUUGCCAAAUAGCUUGUGGUGCAGGGUUCAUGUGUAACAGUGUUGUGUGGAAGGCCCUUAGGAAUGUUGGGAGACCCAAGCAGAGUCCUUGGAUUGAGGAUGAGUCAUGAACUUGCCACUAACUUCAUUGCAUGCUAGCAAAGAACCUUAUAGGUAUCCACACGUCCAUGUUAUGAACAAUGGAAAAAGACAUGAAUUAAUUAAAUAAAUAAAACAAAAGAGAAACAUUUGGACUUGAUGGAGAAAACUUAGAAAUAGAAGGGUUUAAUAGUAUGACACUUUGCUCAUGUGAAGGGCACUGACACUGUAUCGUACAUGGCUAAACAUGCCAUGUUAAUUAGGAUACUGGAUGAUUGGCUAAUUGUUACAUCUGAAAAAUAAAAUGCUGGAAUUGUA